CUGUAUAUUUUACUAGUAAAUUUAAAAGUAAAUUGAAGAUGUCGGUUAACGAUGAAGCAUGGGCACAACUUGUGUCGACGACGGAAGUAGAUUCUUCUCCAAUUAUAAUCGCAAGCGAUGAAUUCACUAUCGGUAGAGCUCAAAUGUGUGAACUGUCAAUCAAUAAUAAUAAAAUGGUAUCGGGCAAACAUUGUAAAAUAAUAAAAGAUUCAAAAACAAUGAAAACAUGGUUACAAGAUACGAGUACUAAUGGAACUUUGAUCAAUAUGAAGACCAAGGUCAAUAAAGGACAGAAAGUUGAACUGAAACACGGUGACGAGAUCCACAUUGUAUUUCGUAAAGACGCAACUGACAACAAUGUGGCAUAUUUAUUUCAAGAUCUAGCCGAGUUGGAGAAAGAGAUGCUGGAAGAAACUCUAGAAUAUGACCAGUUAUCAGAUGAUGUAACUCAAGAAUACGAGAGCAUAGAAAUAGACAAUGUUACUUCAAAGAGGCCCAUCAUACAGAGUGAGUCAAGCAUAGAUGACUGUCACCAAGAAACCUAGACAUGAGCUGACGACAGUAAAC